GUCUCAGCUGCAUUACUCUGCACUGACUUCUGGAUAACGACGGAGCUGUUUCUUGUGACAGUCGCAAAGUCAACAUGGACGUCCACAGAGUACAUAACCACGAUCAAAUGGAUUAUAACUUAGACAACAUGGAGCCCAAACAUGGGAAAAUGUUGCCUUGCCAAGAGGACCGUUUUGACAGCGGCCUGGAUUCCCUUAAAGAGGACGAGCUGGUGAACGAGUUUGAGGACAUGACUGUGAACAUACGGGAGGAACGCACACAUGAUUACGAGCCCUGGAGAGCUGUAGUGACAGAAGAUGGUGACACGCUUCUCCACUUGGCCAUCAUUCAUGAAGCAAGUGAACAUGCCCUUCAGAUGAUCAAACUGUCUCACAGUCACUCCUUCCUCAAUGUACAGAACCACCAGAGACAGACUGCACUCCACUUAGCAGUGAUCACAGAACAGCCAUACUUGGUAGAGAGACUCCUGAAGGCCGGCUGUGACCCCAGGCUCACUGACGACAGUGGAAACACGGCUCUCCACAUCGCCUGUAAGAGGGGCUCCCUCGCCUCCUUCGGCGUCCUGACCCAGAACUGCCAGCAACACCUCGCCUCCAUCGUGUCUUUCCCCAACUACAGUGGACACAACUGUCUCCACUUGGCGUCCAUUAAUGGUUACAUUUCAUUGGUGGAAAAUCUCAUUCAGCUGGGCGCAGACAUUAACGCACAGGAACAGUGCAGUGGACGGACGGUGCUCCAUCUGGCCGUAGAUCUCCAGAACGAGGCGUUGGUCCGUCGCCUCCUUGACCUCGGCGCCGACGUUAACAGCUUGAACUACGGUGGCUUCACGCCGUACCACCUCACCUAUGGCCGCCAGAACGACGAGAUCCGCUGCCAGCUGUACGAGAGGACGGCACAAGAGCUGAGGGAGCUGCCUGACAGCGAAUCAGAAGAGAGCGACAUGGACGAUCUGGACCUUUCUGAGGAUGAGCUGUACGAUGACAUAAAAUUCGGAAAGUAAAGAAAAAAACCUCCCUCUUCUGGUGGUGUGAAGACAGUGAAGCUGCUACAGGGUUGCCUAGCCAAGGCCCCGACGAGGGACACCCCGCAUCCAGGAAGUCCACAGGUGCUGGCCCUUCAAACAAGAAUGAAGAAGGCGUCCAGUCUGGUCAAGUCCGGUCCGGAUCACAGAACUUCCUGUGCCAAGAUCGGCAUUACAGCAAUGACCAUGACCUCUGUAUAGUCGCUCCAUAAACUGUAUAAAUAUAUAUUGAUGUGUAUAUACCAGAUCAUUCAUGUAAUAUAUUGUAAAUACAGAGAUAUUAUUUUUGUACUUGUAAAUAUAUUGUGUGAAUUUAAACACUAUUAACAAAAAAGAUGUUGAGAAUAAAAAGAUGUUUAUCA